AAUAUUUGAAAAACAAAUUCAAUUUGUUUUUCAAAAAUACUUCACCCCGAUAAUUGUUAAUUUUCAAACUGCGCGCCAUUCAACGGGGUCAGAGCUAUCAAGAUACUUGCAUGAAAAAAUAUCGUGGCUACCGCUAGAUUGCGAGUCACAGAACAUCCCCACAGGGGGGAUAUUUUAUGAUGCGAGUUGUCAGAUCAUGUUUAUACACAUACAACACAUAGUUAACCUCAAUUGUACAAGAGUUUAAUUAACAUUUUCUGUGCUCUUUAUUUACGUUCAGUUUUUGUUUUUCAAUUCUUAGUUUUAUUUAAGUGUUUACUGUAAUAAUGGAUAAAUCCAGAUUUUCGCUGCUCCUUUUGGAGCCAGGUGAAAUAUACUUCGAAGACUUUAGUUGCACUUUGAUUCCUCCAGAUGCAACUAGAAAAACUUGUGAUGUUAAAAAACAAGAGGGUAGACUUAAAAUGUGCUCAAAAUCCUUAGUAUUUGAACCAAAAGACUUAACUAAGCCCCUGAUAAAGAUGCUUCUUCGAGAUUGCAUAGUGAUUGAAGAGUAUAAGGGCUGUGCCAAAUUCAUCGAUACUGAUAAUGCCCUAACUAUAAAUUGUCGCGAAUAUAUUGAAAUGUUAGAAGGAAAUGUGAUAGCUCCAUACAAGUUUAAGGAAACGGCAAACUUUUUAUAUUUGUUGGAUUAUGCCGAUGUCUCGAAUUGCUUGAGUAUGAUUUCUCAGUUGCACAGAGCGAGUACGAUACCAACCGCGGAACAAUCAAAUAUGAUCACAGCAAUUGUACAUUCGAGACAUGCUCGCGUUAAGUUUGAUCCAUUGUGGCUCGAUUUGUAUGACAAAAUUAUACUUGAAACCCACGCUGACAAAGUAUGUCCUUUGAAUAUUACUCCGGGUAGAUGCGUGUUAUCAAAAUUAUGUUUGUUCUUCCAAUCCUAUAAUAAUAUCGAUACAUAUCCCGUUAUGAAGAUCCCUUUAAAGAGCAUUAAAAGAAUAGUAAAAAGAAGAUUUUUGCUACAACAUAUAGGUAUAGAAAUUUAUUCGUCCGACAAUAAGUGUGCCAAUUCUCACAUAUACCUUUCAUUCAGUAGCCAGGGUGAAAGGGAUCAGCUUUAUGAGAAAUUGCUAGAACAACCUGAAUUAACCCUGAAUAACUUGGAGCAAAAUGUCAUCACUUUGCAGUGGCAAAAUGGUGUUAUAUCCAAUUACGAAUACUUGCUUUACGUUAAUAGUUUAGGUGAUAGAACGGAGAAUGACCUUACUCAAUAUCCGGUCUUCCCUUGGAUCAUAUCAAACUACACAAGUGAUACUUUAGAUUUAACGGAUAUUCAAAAUUAUCGAGAUUUGUCUAAGCCUGUGGGUGCCUUGAAUCCAAAGAGGUUGACAAAUUUAUUAGCACGUUAUAAUGAAAUGGCACCGCCCAAAUUCAUUUACGGAUCUCACUAUUCAACUCCAGGCUUUGUAUUAUAUUAUUUGGCACGGCAAUACCCACAUUACGUGUUAUGUAUGCAAGGUGGACGCUUUGAUCAUCCCGAUAGAAUGUUCAAUUCGGUGGCGGAUGCAUAUAAAAACUGUUUUAAUAAUAUGUCAGAUUUUAAAGAACUGAUUCCUGAGUUUUACGAUACAUCACAAGAAGCCAAGUUUCUUCGAAAUAGUCUCGGAAUCAAUUUUGGCGUUAGGCACAAUAAUGUAAAAGUGGGAGACGUUGAACUUCCACCAUGGGCUGAGAAUUCCACUCAGUUCGUAAAUACAUUGAGAACGGCUUUAGAAACGGAUAUUGUUUCGAGCAAUUUACACCACUGGAUUGACCUUAUUUUUGGCUAUAAACAAAAAGGAGCUGAAGCUCUUAAAGCUAAUAAUGUAUUUUAUCACUUAUGCUAUGAAGGUAAUGUUAAUUUGGAAACUAUUGAUGAUCCAAACGAUAGGCAUGCGCUCGAAGUUCAAAUAAUGGAGUUUGGACAAAUUCCAAAGCAGGUUUUUACUGUUCCCCAUCCCCAAAGGAAACGUGGUCUUCCUAUUUUACCUGAAAUUUAUCAGACUGGUGAAAGUGAACCGUUAUUAAAUGAUAGAUGGCAAUCUGUAAUUGGGUUAGAACUGGUAACGAGUUUUAAUACUCACAAGAAUACGGUCAGUCACCUGUUUAUAAAUGAGGAUUGUAAGAAAAUAACGUCGGUGGGAUAUGAUUCCAAGUUGAAAGUUUUUUCUCUGACACAAAACAAGCAAAUCAGGAGUGCUAUAAUUGGAAAUAUGCCCCUAAGUAGCUGUGUGCAACUACCUGAUUCCAAUGUUUUGGUGAUCGGAAGUUGGGAUAAUCAAAUGCUGUUGUACGAUAUGGAUUACGGAAGAAUAUGGCGAGAUGUUAUGGCCCACGAAGACUCAAUAACCUGCAUUUCUUAUGGUAUAAAAUUGAACUUGCUUCUUACAGGCAGCGGUGACUGUUCCGUAAAAAUAUGGCGAGGUGUAAGUGGGGCCAAGGAUGAUAUUAUUGUAGAGUGCCUUUAUAAACAUUUAGAUCACAACUCUGCAGUCAGUUGCUUAUGUUUCGAUCCUGAUAAUUCACGUUUUGCCGUUGGAACAGUGGAUGGAGAGAUUUAUAUCUGGAAAACGUGCGAUUUUACAAUUGAUAAAAAGUAUACAAAUUUUACUUCUCGAAUAAAUACUCUAGUUUAUAGCCCAGAUGGGCAGAAGCUCGCCGUUGGGACCGAUAAUGGUACCUUCUGUAUAUUGGAAGUUACCACCGGUAUGUCAAUGUUUAAAAAGACUUUACAGUCUGGAGUCAAUUCCUUAAAAUGGCAAGGGAACUUACUAGCUAUUGGUUGUGGAAAUGGCGUAUUGUCAGUAUGGGACAUGCUUACAGUUCGUAUUUUAUUGGAAGUACAGGCGCAUUCAGGAGCAAUUCAUACUGUGGAUAUAUCAACGGAUAGUCGCAUCCUAGCUACAGGAAGUCAAGACAAAUCAAUUAAAGUUUGGCGUGCAAAAUAUGAAGAAAGUGAUAUUAAAUCUUAGUAUUUUAAGCAGUGAUUGUUAACAGUUAAGUUUUACGCGUUUUUUCAUAUUAUGAUAAUAUAGUUUUUAUGACGAUA